AUGUCUCGUUUUUUCGCAUCCAACUAUGAAUAUGAAUCAGGAACGUCAUCUGAAGAAGAAGAUUUAUUAUCCUCCUCAUCUGAGGAAGAACUAUUACUAGGAUCCUCCUCCGGUGAAGAAUCCGAUGAUUCCUUCUUCAAUGAAUCUGAAGAAGCAGCUCAAGAAUCAGAUUAUGAAACUGAUGAUUCUGAAGGCAAACCAUAUGGUCCAGAUUGGUUUAAAAAAUCUGAGUUUAGAAAAGCUGGUCCCUCUGGAGGUGCUGGUAAUAAGUUUUUGAAAGGUUCCAAUUAUCCUGGUUCCUCAGAUGAAGAUUUAAGUGAUGAUGAAGGUAGGAAAGUGGUUAAAUCUGCCAAAGAAAAAUUAUUGGAUGAAAUGCAAGCCGUUUAUGAUAAUAUUGAAACCGCUGAAAUGUCUGAAGAUUGGGUUUCCAUCUUAAACGAAUUCGAUACCAUUACUCGUCUAUUAGUUAGAGCUCAUCAACAAAAUAUGGGUACUCCAUCUUUGUUCAUAAAAGUUGUUGCUCAAGUCGAAGAUUUGGUAUCCUCAUCUGACUUGAAUGAAAUUAAAAAUAAAGCAGUUGCAAGAGCAUUCAAUACUAUAAAGCAAAGAGCAAGAAAGGUGGCUAGAGAAAAUGAAGAUCUAUUAAAUAAAUUCAGAGAAGAUCCAGAAGCUUUCGAAAAGGAAACUACCGUUGACUUGGAAUCAUCUUUAGAUACAGGCAUGUUUGGCGCUCCCAAACCAGCUACCCUGGCAUCCAUUGCCUCUGCUACUUCAGAAGUUAGUUUCUUCACCACAUUACGUAUUGUCAUGGAUUCAAGAGGGAAAAAGAACGUUAACCAACAAGAUUUAUUGAGAACUCUAGAAGAAUUAUUAGUUAUGGCUAAAAAUCCAUUUGAAUCCAUCAUGGCUUAUUUGACUUUGAUUCCAUUACGAUUCGAUGUUUCAUCUACUUUAUCAUAUCAACCAAUUGAACAAUGGAAGGCAUCGUACAACGAUAUCAUUAGUCUAAUGAACAUUUUAGAUGAAAACCGUACCACUUAUCAAGUUUCAGAAUUGGCCAUCCCAACCGACUCCAUUGAAGAUGAACCAACUGCUGAUUCCAACGGUGUUAAGAAGAUCCUUGGUUCCUUAUUUUCAUUUGUUGAAAGAUUAGAUGAAGAAUUUAAAAAAUCAUUAUUAAACAUCGAUCCACAUUCUAGUGAUUAUUUAUUCCGUUUGAAAGAUGAACAAUCCAUUUACAACUUGAUACUAAGAAGUCAAUUAUACUUGGAGGCUACUUUACCUCAAGAUGAACAAGAAAAGUUAUUAGCACGUCCAUUCAUUAAGAGAUUAGAUCACAUUUAUUAUAAAUCAGAAAAAUUAAUUACAAAGAUGGAAUCAUCUGCAUGGAAAUCAGUUUCUGCUUCUCAUUAUUCAUCUAAUUUCAUUGCUCAACCAGAAACCAUUGAUAACGAAUAUAUUACCAAAUUGGUCACAACUUUAUCACAAGUCCUUUCCAAAAAUACUGACGGAGCUCUCCGUAAACGUGCUGCAUUAUAUAACAUUUAUUACCAUGCCUUAAACAUUGAUUUCUAUCAAGCUAAGGAUAUGUUAUUAUCUACUAAUGUACAAGCUAACAUUAAUACUUCCGAUCCAUCUUUACAAAUUUUAUUCAACAGAGUUGUUGUUCAAUUAGGUUUGUCUGCAUUCAAGGCUUGUUUAAUUGAAGAAUGUCAUCAAGUUCUAAACGAAUUAUUAUCUGCUUCCCAUUUAAGAGAAAUUCUUGGUCAACAAACUUUACAAAGAGUAACCUCUACAGGCGAUGAUCGUGAAAAGCAAUGUCUACCCUACCAUCAGCAUAUAAACUUAGACUUAAUUGAUGUCGUCUUCAUGACAUGUUCAUUAUUGAUUGAAAUUCCACAAAUGACCGCAUUUUAUUCAGGUAUUAAAGUUAAAAGAAUCCCAUAUUCUCAAAAAUCAAUUCGUCGUGCAUUAGAAUAUUACGAUAAGGCAAGUUUCCAAGGUCCACCAGAAACUUCAAGAGAUUAUAUCUUAUUUGCAGCUAAAGCUAUGCAAAAGGGUGACUGGCAAAAAUCUGUUGCAUACUUGAAAGAUAUUAAAGCUUGGAAUUUAUUACCAAAUGUUGACACUGUCUUAGAAAAUUUGACUGAAAGAGUUCAAGUAGAAUCAUUAAAGACUUAUUUCUUUACUUACAAGAGAUUUUAUUCAAGCUUCUCUGUUAAGAAAUUGGCUGAUUUAUUCAACUUGCCAGAAGAUAAAAUUAUAAUGGUUUUGGAUACUACUAUUUCUAACUUGGAUAUAAACGCCAAGUUUAAUGAAGAUAAGACUAUAUUAGUUAUUGAAAAGGGUGAUGAAAUCACAAAAUUAGAAGAAGUUGCCUUGAAGUUGAACAAAGAAGUCAAAAUUGUAAAAGAGCGUCUGAAUCCAUCAAACAACCAUCGUUAG